CCCCUUCCCUUCCGAAAUAUCCAAUUUGUAAAACCUCAAACUUCCUUCCUAAAUAAAGCCUUUCACUCGCUAGUCACCACUCAACCUUCUUCCUUACCUUUUCUAAUGUCUUAGUAAAACUUUGCCUGUUCAUCCAUGGCUAUGGCAUUUUCAGCCACAGGCCUCGCUCAAAGGAUUCCUUACUCUCGCUCUCCGCUCCUCUUCUGCAUUCGCAAGGCGCGAGUUCAAAGCUCUGUAGCCAUUGGGUCUGCUGCUGAAUCGGCAAUCCUCUGCAAGGAGCAAGAUAAGGAUUGUAUUUCGUUUGCAUUGCGUAGAAAAGAAAUAAAGCAGAGUGAUAGCUCAAUACCACAAUGGAAGGCGUUGAGUUCUGAGGAUCUUGGGAUUGAUAGUUCAAUGAUUUCAAAGGCUACCAGAGUGGUUUUAGAUGGGCUGAGGAAACAAGGGUAUGAAGUCUACCUUGUUGGUGGGUGUGUUCGGGAUCUUAUCCUAAAGAGAAUUCCUAAAGAUUUUGAUGUCAUCACUUCAGCUCAACUCAAAGAGGUGCGGAAAAUUUUUGCUCGGUGUCUAGUAGUUGGAAAGCGGUUUCCAAUUUGCCAUGUACAUGUGUCUGGCACUUUUGUAGAGGUUUCAAGCUUUAGCACCUCUGGAAGUAGGAAUGGUUUUAAUAAUUACAUUAACAAACCUUCCAACUUAAGUGAGCCUGAUUAUAUUCGAUGGGAGAAUUGCUCUCGACGGGACUUUACCAUUAACAGUUUGAUGUAUGAUCCAUACAACAAGGUUGUAUAUGAUUAUUUGGGGGCAAUGGAGGAUAUAAGGAAAUCCAAGGUGCGAACUGUAAAACCUGCAAAUCUUUCUUUUACUGAGGACUGUGCUCGAAUUUUACGUGGGGUAAGAAUUGCAGCCCGAUUGGGAUUUCAUUUUACCAAAGACAUAGCACUUUCCAUAAAAGAGUUAUCUUGCUCUGUGUUAAAACUUGACAAGGGGAGAUUACUUAUGGAAAUGAAUUAUAUGCUAGCAUUUGGGUCUGCAGAGGCUUCUUUGAGAUUAUUGUGGAGAUUCGGACUUCUUGAGAUACUUCUUCCAAUCCAAGCAUCAUAUUUUGUUUCCCAAGGAUUCAGGAGGCGUGAUGCACGCUCAAAUAUGCUUCUGAUUUUGUUUUCCAACCUUGAUAAACUUGUGGCACCCAAUCGACCAUGCCAUAGCAGCUUAUGGAUUGCUCUCUUAGCAUUUCAUAAAGCUUUGGUUGACCAGCCUCAAGAUCCAGUGGUUGUUGCAGCGUUGAGCCUUGCUAUCAAUAAUGGUGGAUCUUUGUUUGAAGCAGUUGAAAUAGCUCAAAAUAUCUCGCAGCCACACGCGUCAUUUCAUGAAAUAGUAGAAAGUAACCACAAAGAAUCAGAUUAUUCACUGGCGGAACAGGUCAUUGAUCUUGCAGACUCAGUGAAUACGGUGUUAUGGAAGAUGACCAAUAGCCAAUAUGUUUCACAAGCUAUGAUCAAAUAUCCUCAAGCACCUUGGUCAGAUCUGGUUUUUAUCUCCCAGCCUUUAUCAACGAGCGUAUGCAAAAUUUUUGAAUGUAUUAGAAGUUACAACGGAAAUGUAUCAGUUCCGAAAAUAAGUAGAAUUAACCAUUAUGCCUUGGCUAGGGGCAACUUACCAGAGGUUCGACAUGCUUUUGCUAGGAUUGUUUUCGACACAGUCUAUCCUCGUAACCAAAAUGGACAGUUCAAUAAUGUUGAACCAAAUGAGAGAUGAAUAAGAUUACACUCAUAUAUCUUUGUGCAAUAUGACAACACGAAGAGAUGACUGAUAUUAAGUUGAUGGGGGAAGCAUUUAGCUUGUCGAUAUGGAGGCCGGAAUGAUGUCUUGUCGAUCUUCCAUUGGUUGAGUGGGUGAAGGCUAUGUCAAGACUUCAAAAAUGACAUUUGGGAAUGGUGUUGAAGUUUGGGAAUAAUGUGUGCAUGGAGGACAAGUGGAACGAAUUGGCAGUUUAUUUGAUCUGAAUCAACUUCCAACUUGAGGUAAUGUAAAUUAAUUACUAGAGAGGACCUUUGACAUCCAAGCAAGUUUUGAGUGAAUUGCUCGGUUACUAUUUUGGUUCUUGAACAUUCCCAUCUUGUACUUCAAAUCAAUUUUUCAAUUGAUUCCUAUUGUUUCUUUUAUUGUUAA